AUGCCCCAUAUUCAGCAGACGGAGAGCACGUCCAAGCCGAACGUCGCACCGAAGUGGAACAGACUCCGUUCCCUUCUUCCUCAUAUUAAGCACGCGCAACCGCAGCCAUCCGCAGUCGCACCGCAGUCGGUGAACAUCACCGAUGAACUCAUCGCUGGUGGGUUGUCGGCGCUCGUGUUACGUCUUUGGUUUGAACGCGAUGAGCGCGAUCACCGUAGGGUUCCCAUCCUCUUCCACCGUCUACGAGUCCGUGUUAGUGACAGUUUGCAUCCCCUACAUGGACACAAGGCCGUCUUUCGCAUUGAAUGUGAAUAUGCUAACGGUGCUGUGCGCUGGGUCGUCUAUCGUCAGCUUCGCGAAUUUCUAUCGUUGCACACGCAUUACGCCCUGUCUAACGUCUUCCGGAACGUCGAGACGCUUCCAGAGUUUCCAAAGACAAGUCUGCCGUACUUCAAGUUUCUGAAAGAAUUGGGUAGAGAUGUCGGCAGAGCUGAUUUUGCGCGUCUACAGCGUGAAGCGCUCGAGAACUAUCUCAUUGGCUUAAUUCGCGCAGUUAUGUGGCAUCCAGAUGCCAAUCGUUUGGCAGGGUUUCUGGAAAUCAGCGCUCUCAUGAUAUCUCUUGCUCAUUCGGGAGGUGCACAGUACAAGGCUGGACUGCUGAGGCUCGACGCAGUCGGCACCAAGGGUAGCUUCGGCAGGAAGGCAACGUCGUGGCGCGAGCGAAAAUCGCAGAAGUGGUGCUCUGUUAGAGAGAGUUACCUAGUCGUUCAUGAGGAGAUGGGAGAGCUGACUGUUUGGGAUGUCUUCUUGGUUGAUUCUGACUUCAAGAUUGAGCGUCCGAUACGUUACUAUCGCCAAGGCUUGAACAUGCUGUUAGAGGGCCACGACGAGCACGACGGAGAGGCCACGCCGCAUGCGCACGACAACGGCAUGACUGUGUCUCAAUGUCACCUCGCCGGGUCCAUCAAGAGCCAUCUCUCGAAAGCGUUGCACAGAAGGCGGCAGUCUGACAGCAGAGGAUCCCAGUCCGCGAACGGCCAUGGGAACAGCGCGGACAUCCAUCGCGUGAGCUCGGCCCUUUCUGAAGCUUCGUCAGCUCCCUCAACGUCGUCGACGACUUCGCGGCCGCUGACGCCUAUGCUUGACCCGUCGACAAACACCAAUCCCUUGCUGGUUGGCCAUGACGAGCCGCAUCAUGAUGACGCGGAACAGAGCGAGAAGAAAAGGUCAAAAAAGGUUUCAAAACAUACGUUCUACAUUGAGAACACACAGAUGCGAUUGAAACUCUUUGCCAAAAACGAACGCCAAAUGCUGCAAUGGCUCGCAGCCCUUGAGAGAGUUGCUCGGGACUGUCACUAUACGGGCAAGAACCGAUUCGACAGCUUUGCUCCGAUUCGGUUGAAUGUCGCUGCGCAGUGGCUUGUAGAUGGGCGGGACUAUUUCUGGAACCUUUCCCGUGCGAUCUUGCUAGCUACGGAAUCUAUCUACAUUCACGGCUGGUGGCUAUCACCCGAAUUGCAAAUGCGACGACCGAAUAUGCUUAAGUACCGUCUUGAUAAUCUCCUUGAGCGCAAGGCAAAGGAGGGUGUAAAAAUCUACAUUAUUUUAUAUCUUGAAGUGUCUAGUCGAACUACACCCACAGAUAGCAACUAUGCGAAGCAGAGGCUUACUGCGCUGCAUCCUAAUAUUAUGGUGCAACGGUCGCCAUCACACUUCCAAACGGGUACCUUCUACUGGGCGCAUCACGAGAAGGUCUGCGUUAUCGACCAGACCAUCGCUUUUAUGGGUGGCUUGGAUUUAUGCUUCGGACGAUGGGAUACCCCUCAGCAUGUUCUCGUUGACGAUCCUGGGCCUGACUCUUCAGAGCAUAUCUGGACCGGCAAGGACUACAGCAAUCCCCGUAUAGGAGAUUUCCAUUCUCUGCAUAAACCUGAUGAAGACAUGUAUGACCGCUCAAGGAUACCCAGAAUGCCUUGGCAUGAUGUGGCGAUGCAGGUUGUCGGCCAACCGGCCCGUGACCUUGCGCGGCAUUUUGUACAAAGAUGGAAUUACUUACUGAGAAUCAAGAAUCAUACUCAGGUUAUGCCGUUCUUAUUACCACCUCCCGAGUUCAAGCCAGGGGAGCUAUCACAAAUGGGUCUGACGGGCACCUGCGAGUUGCAAAUUACCCGCUCAGCUGGACCGUGGUCUCUGGGUACACCGGAUCGAAUUGAGUGCUCCAUUCAGAAUGCUUACCUCAAAGCCAUACAAAUGUCGGAACACUUCGUGUACAUCGAGAACCAAUUCUUCAUCACAUCAACCGUGGUGAAUGAGGUGAAGAUUGAGAACAAGAUCGGGGAUGCAUUAGUAGACCGCAUAAUCCUUGCCCACCGCGAGAAGACUCCAUGGAAAUGUUGUGUUGUCAUUCCAUCAAUCCCUGGAUUCACUUACCCGGUCGAUCAUAGUGAUGCGAGCGCUAUCCGCAUUAUCAUGGAGUGCCAGAAUCGCACGAUAUGCCGUGGUCCAAACUCGAUUUUUGGUCGGCUCAGGAAGGAAGGAAUCGACCCGGAUGAUUACAUCGCGUUCUUCUCGUUGCGUAACUGGGGCAAGCUGCGCGGGAAUGUCUUGACCACUGAGCAGGUCUACAUCCACGGCAAAGUCUGUAUCGUCGACGAUCGCCUGGCUAUCAUAGGUAGCGCGAACAUCAACGAGCGGUCUCAACGAGGCGAUCGUGACUCCGAAAUAGCAGCCGUCAUUCGCGAUACUGACAUGAUCGACUGUACCAUGGCUGGUGCGCCAUUCAAGGUUGGCCGUUUCGCGCAUACCCUACGCGUCCGCCUCAUGAGGGAGCACGUCGGUGUUGACGUUGAUGCCAUGUAUGAAGACGAUUUGAUGGCAUCGGAGCCGGUGAAGCCGAUGGAAUCGCAGACUCAAUGGGAUCCGGGGAAUGAAGAGGAGCACGGUAAUGAGAACGGCGUAACCUAUGUGAUUAAGGGUCAGAGACGGACUGCUGUGAGCAACUUCUUCCACGAUUUUCUUAAUGAGACGGAACAAGCAAUUCAAGGGACGAGUGACGUUGGGGGCAAGACCAUUACUAAUUUUUUCCGCAAAACUGGGAUCACGAGCAAAGAAGUUGACAUGACUGCAGGAGAGAAGAGGCCCACAGAGGAGCGUCAGAUGUACAUGCGCGAGGGCGAGAAGCAGCCCGGUUUCUCAAGCUCUGUGAUUCCGACACUGGAGGAGAAAUACAUUGCAAAGCAUCCUUCGCGUUUAGAACAAGCUAUCGGUGCCCCAGUUGAACAAGAACACAACGAAAAUGGAUCUGUUGCGCAAGUGCUUAAGGCUCGCACGAAAGACGACGAGCUGUCUGGUGCCCCCGCUAAUGCUGUUCCGGAUGUAAGCCGCGACGAGGAACCUCCACGGGCCAAGAGUGUGAAAAUCGACACUGACGAGGAAGAAGACCAGGUUCAAGGGGCCCGUGCGACAUUACGGAGACAGAUGGCCCCCAAACCUGGCUGGAAACAAUGGGUAUUACCUACGCCGACUCCUGAAGUGGAUCCCCACGGGUUCGAGGACCCUGUGUGCGACGAGUUUUGGAAGAAUGUGUGGGUAGCAUGUGCAGUCCAUAAUACUGAGAUCUACAGAAAGGUCUUCCAUGCCAUCCCCGACGACGUUGUCAACACUUGGAAACAGUACAAGGAAUUUGUUCUUCAUCACGAACGGCUGAACCAACCGAUCAAAGAUUCCUCCUCUCAUGAGCCCCUAGCUCGAGUACCAUCCGAAACUGCCGACCAGGACGCUCCUGGUCAACCGCCUACUGCCGGUAACACCGUGCAUCCAGCAGACUAUGCGUACGACUCCGUCGUUGGGGAGAGAGGAACCGAGCCGACGGACUCAGGGUAUUCGACGACCCCAGACCCAUAUACUCCGCCCCAGACGGGUACGGAGAAGGACACGACUCGCGGACGCAGAGGAACGCGCGGCGUUGAGCCGUUUGAUGAGUCCGAUCGCCAGGAGAUGGAACGUCUGCUCGAGGAAGUACGCGGCCACCUAGUUCUCUAUCCUACUCGAUUCUUGGAGGGAGAGGAUGCAGCCAACAAUUUCUUGUUCAAUGCUGAUCGACUAAUGCCUCUACCAAUAUACGACUGA